UCCAACGAGAAAUGGGGCAUGGCCCUCGGAAGAUGGUAAUUACUCCUUCUCGCUGGCAGUGGCACAAGUUCAAGGACAUGUUUCACUUCUAUGUCAUGCUUGGUGCCAUACCCCUUGGAGCAUUAGUGUUUGCUGCUAAUGUGUUUAUUGGUCCUGCACAGCUGUCUCCCAUCCCUGAAAACUAUACUCCUAAAAACUGGGAGUAUUAUUCACACCCAAUCUCCCGAUUCUUUGCAAGGUAUCUUACCCCCAGCCAUCAACAAGAUUAUGAGAAGUACCUUCACUUUAUGUAUGAAGAAAAUGAAAAGAAACAGAUGAGGUUAAUUGAAAAAAAGGUUCGUGAAGUGAUGGCAGAGCGCGGAGAUUCUCAGGCAUUCUAUUACAGACCAAUCCUUACUAAAUACCAUCGCAUGGUUCGUGAUGAGUAUGAGAAACUAAAAGACAGUAGGGGUUUGUAAACAUGGUAUCCAUGUUCAUUGAUACCUUCUUGAGUUGAGUCUAAUGACCAUCAAGUUAUUGUGAUUUGUUGGUGUAGCAUAAAUAAAUAUUGCAACUUAAAUACCUGUAGUGCAACUUUUGAGAGAUCCUGAUUUUCUGUGCAGUCAUAUGAAUAUGAUAAGUCAGCUACAGUAAGUAAAAUAUUAUGAAUGCUCUGUAAAUUGUAAAUAAAAUGCUUUAUUAUAUAUUGUUA